AUGUCUCUGAGGGUCUUGGUCUCCGUAACCCCACCCCCAGCCCCCAGGAUGUUCCUCCUGCUGACAGCACUGCAAGUCUUGGCCAUAGGCAUGACACAGAGCCAAGAAGAUGAGAACAAGAUAAUUGGUGGUUAUACGUGCAUCCAGAACUCCCAGCCAUGGCAGGUGGCCCUGCUGGCAGGCCCCGGGCGUCGCUUCCUCUGUGGAGGGGCCCUGCUUUCAGACCAGUGGGUCAUCACCGCUGCUCACUGCGCCCGCCCGAUCCUUCGAGUAGCCCUGGGCAAGCACAACCUGAAGAGGUGGGAGGCCACCCAGCAGGUGCUGCGCGUGACUCGCCAGGUGACACACCCCAGCUACAACACCAGAGCCCAUGACAACGACCUGAUGCUGCUGAGGCUGGAGCGGCCUGCCCGGCUGGGAAGGGCAGUGAAUACCAUCCCCAUCGCCCAGUCCUGUGCCAGCCCUGGGACACCCUGCCGUGUGUCAGGCUGGGGGACCAUAUCCAGUCCCAUUGCCAGGUACCCCACCUCUCUGCAAUGUGUGAACAUCAACAUCUCCCAGAACCAGACGUGUCGGCAGGCCUACCCUGGAGCCAUCACCGCUGGCAUGGUCUGUGCAGGGGUCCCCCAGGGCGGGAAGGACUCUUGUCAGGGUGACUCUGGGGGACCCCUGGUGUGCCAAGGACAGCUCCAGGGCCUCGUGUCCUGGGGAAUGGAGCGCUGUGCCCUGCCUGGCUACCCUGGCGUCUACACCAACCUGUGCAAGUACCAAAACUGGAUCCAGGAAACGAUGCAAGGCAGAUGGCGGUCCCCAUGA